AUGCUCCCAACUCAAAGAUUCAUAGCUGGUGCUACUAAAUCAUCUUCUAGAUCUCUUAUACAGUCAUGCGUCUUCAAGAGAUAUUCGUCAUCUAGUUCAUCUAGUUCAUCUUCUCCAGACGAAGCCAACUCGUCACAAGCCCAAGAAGCCAAAGAUCUUGAAAAUGAAACAGAAAUAAAAGCUUCAAGUGUUGGAGGUUCUUUAAAAUCACCAAUAAGCACACAAGCUCACACUUCAAGCAUAGAAAGCUCUAGUACACCUACUCCACAACAAGACUCCACCCCAUCAUCAUUUGUUGCAUCUUCACCAAAGCACACAUCACAAUCAAAGAGGAAGUCUUCAAAGUCAACAAGAUCCAAACCAUUAACAUAUAACCUACCAUAUGUACCAUCUACUCAACAUCUGAAUGUAGAUCGUAUCUUUGAAGAUUCAUUAUACCAAGGUUUUAGACCAUUAACAACUCCAAUCAAAGAUAUGAAGAAAUAUAUCUCAUUAACAAUCCCAGCACCUCCAGCAAAGAAUAACAAAGCAUAUUGGAAUACUUCUGCUUGUCAAGUGGAAGAAUUUUCACCUUUAGAUAGUGUUCCUAAAUUCAUUGGAGAUGGAAUGAAGGCAUUCAAAGCACCACAACAACCAGGAAAUGAAAUCAGAAUAUACCCUCGUGAUGAUAGACAUGUUUCUAGUGAUCCAUUAUCUAAAAGAUUUAGAAAAUAUGUUCAAAAAGAAUUAGAAAAGGAGAGAAGAGCACUGGAUAAGAAGAAAAUUACAGCCUUCAGAUACUACGAUGAUAUAAUUCAUUAG